AAGAAGAUCACCACAAGCAAGCGGCCCGGUAGCUAGCUGGAGAAGAUGAAGGGCACCGUGGCGGCGGCUGUCGUGGUGGCGGCACUGGCCGUGGCGUUACUGGCAGAGGUAGGCCACGGCGCGCUGACCUGCGUCGAGGUGGACGCCAACCUGCUCCCGUGCGCGGAGUACGUGACCGGCAAGGAGGCGGCACCGCCCGCCCUGUGCUGCCAAGGCGUGAAGCGCAUCCGGGCGCUGCCGGCGGGGACGGUGGAGCGGCGGUUCGUCUGCGAGUGCAUCAAGAGCGCGGCGGCGCGGUUCGACGGGCUCAAGAGCGACAUCGCGCGCGACCUCCCGGCGGCGUGCGGCUCGCCCCUGCCGUUCCCUCUCGCCCUCGACUUCGACUGCAACACGUGCGUAUCUUACCUCAGCAUUGUUCGACAUCCCGAGAGCAUGAGCAAGAGCGCCCAAGAUCGCUCCUAG